AUGGUUUCUAUCAGAGGUAGCGUAAUUGCUUGGACGCACACUGUUUGUGCUGCCUCAGCAUUUAUUGCGGCCUUAGUGGUUGGAUACACAUUGCAUUUUGAAAAGAUCGUUGCUAAUGCAUGGUAUAGGUAUCCAGAUGAAUGGUUCCCAAGUGUGAGUGCUACUAUUGGUGAUAGGUACCCGGAGAGAUCUAUUUUCCAAAUUUUGAUUGCUCUAACUGCGUUACCGAGGUUUUUAUUGUUAUUCACACAUUACUAUUUGAAUCGUUCGUUAUUCACUCUUUUGGUUGGAAUUGUGAGAACGAUCACAUGCGGUGGUUGGGUAUACAUUACUAGUACGGACGAUCAUGAUGCUCAUGAUGUGUUUAUGAUUUCUUACAUAGUUUUAACUAUCCCAUGGGAUUAUAUGAUUAUCAAACACUCUCAAUAUAAGGAAUGGAAGAAAAUUUUGAUGACUGCCUUCUUCGGAACUUUGAUCCCAUUGAUCUACUGGUUUAUCCAACAUCAGGUCCAUAGAAGAGCUGGUGCUUAUUCUGUUUACGCGUAUUUCGAAUGGUCUCUGAUUGUUUUAGACAUUGCAUUUGACGCACUAGCUUGUCAAGAUUUCGAGCAAAUCAAGAUCUCUGUCUCUGAUUGGUCCGCUACUGAGGAUGAAAACAUCGUAGUUCCAACUGAAUACAUAGUUGAAACUGAAGAACAAGUCGACAUUACCGUGACUGAGACCGUUGAGGAAAAGCUGAAUGACUCUUCUGUUGAAGAACUAUCCGAUGAUGAGAACAUUCAACAGGAACAUUCCAGAUUAUUGGAAUCAAACGAUAACGAAAUUACAAUAUUGUUGAAAGAAACCGAGGAUAUCAUGUAUCCAAACGAUCUUCCUGUUCCUCCCUCUCAGGACUCGUUCAUGUACGUCAUUGUCAAUACUUUCAACUCUUUUAUGUUUUGGACUACCGUCACGUCUUUGUUCUGUAUGCUAUGGCAUUUCCCACUAUGGUAUAUGGGUAUCUCUGGAUAUGAGGCAGUUAUUCUUUCGACAUUGUCACCUGUAUUUUUGUAUAUCCCAUUGGUUACUGUUGUUGUGGACCAAUAUGGUAUGCUACUUGCCAAUGUGUUCUCGAUCGGUGCCUUCUUCAUUGAUACACCAGAAACUAGACUAUUAACCGUUGCGUUGGCUACUGCCUUAAUUGUUAUGACUUUUGCCCUAAACUUGAACUCGUUGAACAGUUCCUCCAUUGGUAAGUUCUCACUCACAUGGAUCAUGGGUUUAAUCCUUUCAGUAGUGGUCAAAAUGGGUUUCUUUACUAACAACCCACUUUGGGCUAUCAUGAAUGAAAACAAUGGUGGGCUAAAUAUUCCAGGAUUGGUCGUAUCGACUUUAUUCGCCCUAAUAACGCCAUUCACGAACUCUUGUCACUUAUGGAACAGAAGUAAAACCACGACCAGAUUGCCAUUUUUCCGAAAAUUAUUGGUGUCGACCGGUUUUGGGAGUCUUGUCUUUGCAAUUCAUCAGUCAUUGACUGAUGCCUCCACUUUGAUUUACUGGUGUUGGGAAGGUUGGAACAGCCAUAAAGGUCCAUUGGCUUGGCCUUGGGCUGGUCUCGUUUGCGUUGCUAUGAUUGGUGGUGCUUUAACCGGUAAACAAUCAUCACGUACAAUCUCUAUGACUCUUGCUAUCUCUACGCUUGCUUUAGCAGUACCUCAAGUGAAAGAAUGGUUCAGAUUCGUAUUCGGUGUAUUACCAUACGUUGUAUCCAUAAUUUGGAUUAUCCCAUCGUAUUUUGAAUUGGUAAACUAUAUUCAAUCUCCAGGAUUUUUGUCAUAUUCCUUUUUCAUCUACAUUCUAUUUGUCCUAGCCCAUGUUUGGACUGUAGCUUAUGCGUUUGUUCCAUACGGUUGGAUAUUGAGGGAGAAAUUACCACAAGUUUUAUGUUUUUCCACCACCUUCAUCCUAGCCGGAUUGAUAGAAUUUGAUAGUUUCAAACCAUAUGAAGGCAUUGCAAAAUCUUUCACCAAGAAAAUCCGCGUUGUGGCUGUAGGUCUCUUGCUUCUAACCGGAAUCUUCACAUAUCAAAUUAGGCCCACUUUGGUACCAGAACCUUAUCACCCAGAAGCAAAUUUGAUUACUGCAGGUAUCUGGACUAUUCAUUUCGGUUUCGAUAAUGAUCUAUGGGCGAGUGAAGAUAGAAUGACCCAUCUAAUCAAGGAUAUGCAACUUGAUAUUGUUGGCUUACUAGAAACUGAUACUCAGCGUAUCACCACUGGUAAUCGUGAUUUAACUGCGAAGAUGGCUCAUGAUUUGGGUAUGUAUGCUGAUUUCGGUCCAGGGCCAAACAAACAUACUUGGGGUUGUGUGCUUCUUUCGAAGUUCCCAAUCAUCAAAAGUGAACAUCAUCUAUUGCCAUCCCCAGUUGGUGAAUUGGCUCCUGCUAUCCACGCCACCAUUGAAGCAUAUGGUGAAUUGGUUGACGUAUUUGUUUUCCAUAGUGGACAGGAAGAAGAUGAAGAAGACAGAAGGUUACAGAGUGAAGCUAUGGCUGAAUUGAUGGGGUCCACUGAUAGACCUAGUAUAUUGCUAAGUUACCUGGUGACCAAGCCACAUCAAGAUAAUUAUAACAUUUAUGUCAGUGACAAAAGUCAAAUGUAUGAUAUCGAUCCAACUGACGAAGAUAGAUGGUGCGAAUAUAUUCUUUACAAAAAAUUAAAGAGAGCGGGUUAUGCAAGAGUGUCUCGUGCCACGAUUACUGAUACUGAACUCCAAGUUGCUAAAUUCCAGGUUCUACCAGAUAUUGAUGAAGUUGAUGAGGAUUAUCUAUACGGAUAUAGAAGACUUCCAACCAAAAAUGUGCAUAGAAGUUUCAAAUUCCCAAAGAAAUUCAUGGGUGAUGGUGAAAGAGGCCAUCAUUAUCACGUUUUUGAUGAACCUCGUUAUUUCAACUGA